GCCACCUGCAUGUUUCGUUCCUCCCUCUUUCUAACAAUGGCCACUGUCUGCCCUCCCCACACAAUCUCACCCCCUGCCAUUGUUUCUUCUUCUCCAGUCCGAUGCUCUCACUCCCAAUCGCAGCUCCUAUUCCGUUCAAAUCUCCCGAACCGCCGCCACCACAGCCCGAGCCUCCCGAUUUCGGCUCCCAAUCUCCGCGCCGCUACCAAAGGACGAGUUCUCUGCUCGCAAAACCCUAACCCUGCCCCCACGCGCCGCCCCGACUACGUCCCCAACCGCAUCUCCGACCCGAACUAUGUCCGCAUCCUCGACACCACGCUCCGCGACGGCGAGCAGUCCCCCGGCGCCUCGCUCACCUCCAAGGAGAAGCUCGACAUUGCGCGCCAGCUGGCCAAGCUCGGCGUCGACAUAAUCGACGCCGGGUUCCCGGCGGCAUCGAAGGACGACUUCGUAGCCGUGAAGAUGAUCGCGAAAGAGGUCGGGAAUUUUGUGGAUAAAGACGGUUAUGUCCCUGUGAUCUGUGGGCUGUCCAGGUGCAAUGAGAAGGAUAUUAAGACGGCAUGGGAGGCGGUCAAGUAUGCAAAGAGGCCGAGGAUUCAGACUUUCAUUGCUACCAGUCCGAUUCAUAUGGAGCAUAAGCUGAGGAAGACGAAGGAGCAGGUGAUCGAAAUGGCGAGGAGUAUGGUGAGCUAUGCUAGGAGCUUGGGUUGCCAAGAUGUCCAGUUUAGCCCGGAAGAUGCCGGCAGAUCUGAGAAGGAAUUUCUAUAUCAGAUUUUAGGUGAAGUUAUAAAGGCCGGGGCAACAACUCUGAACAUUCCUGACACUGUGGGUUAUAAUGUGCCAACUGAAUUUGGUCAGUUGAUUGCUGACAUUAAAUCUAAUACCCCUGGAAUUGAUGACGUUAUCAUCUCGGCUCACUGCCACAAUGAUCUUGGACUUUCUACUGCCAACACUUUAGCGGGGGCAAGUAGAGGUGCUAGGCAACUGGAAGUAACAAUCAAUGGAAUUGGUGAAAGGGCUGGUAAUGCUUCAUUAGAGGAGGUUGUCAUGACCUUAAACUGCCGUGGGGAGCAUGUAUUUGGGGGGCUUUAUACCGGAAUAAAUCCUCGGCAUAUUUAUAUGACAAGCAAGAUGGUUUCAGAGUACACUGGAAUGCAUGUGCAGCAACACAAGGCUAUUGUUGGAGCUAAUGCUUUUGCACAUGAAAGUGGUAUCCAUCAGGAUGGAAUGCUCAAGGACAAACGUACAUAUGAAAUUAUAUCUCCUGAAGAUAUUGGGUAUGACGGGUCCAGUGAAGCUGCCAUUGUCCUAGGGAAACUUAGUGGACGCCAUGCUUUGAAAAAUCAGCUUCAACAGCUUGGUUAUGAGCUGGAUGAUGUUCAACUUGAGACUGUAUUCUGGCGCUUCAAAGGAGUAGCUGAACAGAAAAAGAGAGUCACUGAUGCAGACCUCAGAGCAUUGGUGUCAGAUGAAGUUUUUCAGCCAGAAGUUGUCUGGAAGCUUCAUGAUCCACAGGAGACGUUGGGUGCUAGCGCCCCGUACGAACACCAGGAUUGCGAACCAAAUUCGAUCAGAGAUACAGAUGCACAUGGCCGGUCCUGAGAUUCUAACGGCCUAAGGCGAAGAAUUAAAAUGUGGC